UGGCAACCCAAUGACAAGCUUCGCCUUUGAUUUGCUUCAGCUCGCUAACCAUCGCUGUCAGAUCAUUUUCUCAAAACAAAACGUUCUUUGUCAUUUAUCAAUACCCUUCAUUUAUUUUUUACUUGCAUAAUAACACGGACUGUUGAGGGUUUUUUUUUUUUUUAGCAGGAUUUGCUGCAGUAUUGUGCGCUCGUGCUGUAAAAGGAAGUGAGUAAGGAGAGGAAACGAAACCUAACUUCCGUGGAAGAGGUUUCAUGCCUUUACUGUCAUUAUCUGCUAAGCGAAAGCGGUUUAUCAUACAGUAGAAAGUGUGUUUAGUUUGUUAUUGAAAUGCGAACCGAAAAGCAGAGUAGUUCCUCCUCAGAUUUACGCUGUAUUCUGUGUAAGAAAACGGAUGAGACAGAUAUCACAGGACCCUUAUCCUGUAAACAGGACACUACUGCCCACCAGAACUGCUUGCUAUAUGCAUCUGGAAUCUAUUGUAAAAAUUCUCCCUGCUUUGAUGAUCUGUUUGGCUUUGAUGUAGAGGAUGUGGAAAACGAGGCACGAAGAGGAAGAAAAUUAAAAUGCUGUUUCUGCGGUAAAACUGGAGCUACAUCCGGAUGUGAGGUUAAAUCCUGUAAGCGCUCCUACCAUUUCCCUUGUGCCCACAAGGAUCAGGCAGUACUUGAGGAGGACACAACCAACGGCAUUUUCAAGUUAUAUUGUGCAAAGCAUAAUCCAAAAAACACCAAUGUUGGUUCGAAAAAAGAUGGAGAUGGAAAAGAAAAAGAUGCUAAAGUAGUGCGUUUUAGUUCUGAGCACAGAAGCUCAGAGACAAAUGAACAGAACAACAGUCCCCAGGGAUCUGAGGGGAGUGACAGUGAUACACCAAGAAGGUCCCAGGGUAGGAAAAGGACACAUGUAUCUUCUGGCUCAGAAGAUGAAACUCAGUGCUUUAUUGAUAUGGAGAUGGCACCGAUAGAAUCAGAGACUGAGGAUAACACACCUCCGAAGAAGAAUACGCAGCCAGCAUUUGAUUCUGGACAUAGAAGCACUGACCAUAAAAAGCCCAGACAAGGAUUUGCUUCUGCUGAUGAAGAUUCGGAUUCUGAGUCCAAGUGUAUGUUAAAAGUGUACCGUGAAGACAGGGUGCCAUUCACUGUUAUUGCAGAUUCAGGACCUUCCGUUGAAUCAGUUGCAGAGAACAGCUCUGACCCCUUUUCCUCUGCUCCAACAAGCCCAGCAGGUGCUUGUUUGAGUAACGUGGAUCAGUCGUCUGUCUGUGCCUCAGCAGCCCUUCCUUCCAACACCACCGUUCCACCAAACCCACAUCUCCCUGCCCGUCCAUCUCUUGACUUCUCUCCACCCGGCACCUCUGGUGAAUCCUGCAGGGUCAAAGAAUCCAUGUGCAAAGACGUUAUUGUGAAUACUGAACGUUGUGCAUCUCAGAAUGAACCACGUUUACAAAUGAGCUUAGAGGUUAAGCUACCAGGAUCUCACAAGCACCUUCAUGAUCAUCCACUAGACCUUACAUCACCAGGAGGGUGCUGCAUGGUGCACGCUCAGAUCAGUAAACCUGUAGCCCAUGUGGGCGUUUUGGACUCAGAUGCUGCUCUCUUCUGGAUGAGAUGUAAUGAGGUGGGCUGCACUGAGGAUAUAUUCACAGAUCUCACACGACAACUCUCGAGCUUGGCUGAGAAGGUGAAGAAUCAGCAUGCUACACAACAGGAUUAUGCCGUCUCUCUCAGGAUACUGGAGGCAUCAGGGAGGCUCCCUGCAAUAUUCAAACAAAUGGAGCAAGACUUCGAAGAUCAAGAAAAACAGCUGCAGAGAAAGAAACAGGCAUUAAAGGAUGCCCAGGCAGUGCUUCAGCAGAAACAAUUUAACUGAUGUGAAAUAAUAAUGGUUUUUAUAAUCAACUUUUUAUGAUAUUUUUAUAUUCUGUGAUCUACAUUUUAUUUUUAUAUUAUAUAUUUGUUUUAUAUUCAGCGUUAAUCACUACUCUCUACAGUAUAUACUCCUGUUCAACGUGUUUAAGCAUGCGGUACUUUUUUAUUUUUAUUCAUCAUGAAAUAUGAUGAAAUAUUAUAGCCUUAGCCAGCCAUGAUGGCAGUUGUAAAUUAUUCAGGGUUAAUAUAGACGAAGAUUCCUCAAUGUACGAUUUGUUGAUUUGUUUUAAUUAAAAAUUUACAAUUAAA